AUGGCGAUUGAUGACGUUGCUAUCACAUCUGGUCCCUGCAUGUCAGCCAUCUGUGCUCCAGACCAGUUUGCCUGCUGGGAUAAAAGUUGUAUUCCCACCAACCUGACGUGUGAGGGUAAUUCUGACUGCCCUGAUGGAAGUGAUGAAGUCUUUUGUAACCGUAUGCCAAUUCCUUCACCCGGUGUGAAUUGUGGUAACCCCGCUGUACUGAGUGGAAACAUUGGCAGUUUUACAUCACCAGGGUACCCCAACAGCUACCCUAACAACGCCUUAUGUUCCUGGCAGAUAUCUGUCAAUACCAGCGAAGUGAUUGCUAUUCGUUUUGAUGUCUUCGACCUAAAUCACUGCUACGGAAAUUCCCUGACCAUAUAUGAUGGCUCAAGCACAGUAGCACGUCGAGUGGACACUCUUUGCGGUUCAAACGGCCGAACGAUCUUCACAACUGGCAGAAACGCCUUUGUGGUAUUCCGGACGGACGGGCUGGACACAAGAUCAGGAUUUUCCGCCACGUUUGCUGCCGAGAGAAGACCUUGUCAAUCUUACGAGUUCCGGUGUAACAUUUCGGGCAUGGGUGCCGUUUAA